AUGUCGGCUUUGGGUGAAGGUGAUAUCCCCACGACGACAAAGUGGGAAAUCUGGACUUGGUACGGCUACUACAUUGGCGCCAACGGAUUGUCGCUUUUCAACUUUGGCCCUACGGCCUUUCAGAAUCUGCUUGACCAAGCUGCUCCAGAAUCCGGCCUUCUCAUGUUUGCUGGCCGCCUCCGUGAUGUGAAUAGUAUCGUUCUGCUUGCCAACGGCAUCUCUUUUGCCCUGCAAGCUGCUCUGUUCCUCAUCAUUGGUGCAUAUGCCGAUUUUGGAACAGGCCGUCGAUGGAUUCUGAUUGUCUGGUCAAUAAUCGCCUAUGGUAUUGGGUUUGGCUGGCUAGGUGUCCAUCAUCCUGACCAGUGGAAGAUUGGCACAGGUCUCUACAUUGUCGGCUUGAUUGCUUACCAACUGACAUUGACAUAUUGGACCGCUGCCUUCCCGUCCCUCGCUCGCAACACCACUAAGCUCAAGGACUCUCGAUUGUCAUACGAAGCCGGCGAUAUUACACUGGAGGAACUAGACCGCCGCGAUGAAAUGGAGCGCAGCCGACUCAGCAACGUCUCCUUCUACAUCCAGUCAGUGGGUGAGGUUGUGAUCCUGGCCAUCAUUGUGGGCAUCAUGUUUGGCCUCCAUGUGGACGACAGCGCCGACAACAACAACUGGGGCCUCUCUGUGCUGAUCGCUUUCGCUACCGCCGUCUGGCUGGUUGUCUCCAUCCCGUGGUUCUUUGUGGAAAAGUCGCGCCCAGGCAUGAUGAUCCCCCCUGGCUACAACAUCGUCACGGUUGGAUUUUGGCAGCUGUACGAGGCGAUCACGCAGAUCAAACAACUUAAGCAGAGUCUCAUCUUCCUUGUCGGAUACUUUUUGCUGGGUGACUCGCUCAACACGACGGUGACGGUCAUCUCCACGCUGCAAAACUCCGUCGUCAGCUACAAUACACUGACCCUGACGUACCUCCUCAUCGUCGGCAUCGUCGCCCAGGGCGUCGGCAUUGGCGCCUUUUGGCUCAUCCAGAAGAAAUUCAACCUGAGCGCCAAGACCAUGUUCAACGCAGUCAUGGUGUCCAUCAUCCUCCUCGACGGCUGGGGCAUGAUUGGCAACUGGACCGACAAGUUCGGCUUCCACAACGAGUGGGAGGUCUGGGUCUACCAGGCCUUCUACGGACUGUUCGUGUGCCCGUGGUACAGCUAUUCGCAGAUUAUGAUUAGCUCCGUGACGCCCCGAGGUCACGAGUUCCUCUUCUUCUCCAUCUUCAACAUCAUUGGCAAGUCGUCGAGCUUCAUCGGCCCUCUUAUCAGCAGCGCCAUCAUUGAUGCCACGCCGGGUGGCAGCAACAAUAGCGCGCCGUUUUACUUUUUGUUUGCGUUGACGAUUGUGAGCACGGUGGGUAUUUGGUCGUUUCUUGAUUUGGACAAGAGCGCCAGGGAGCAAGAGGCUUUCUUGGCGCAGGAAAAGGCGCGGAUUAUGGGUGACGAUGUGACGAACAGCAAAACGACUGAACAGGACCAGGCAGGCGCAUGA